AUGAACGAGGAGCGGCGGUUGUGCGGCUUGGCCGGAGAUGACGAUGAGGACAACAUGGACGAGGACCGUGCGGCCCUAUUCGGCGCAACCGCUGAUGAUGCUAUUUCUGUCGACGGCGGACACGUUGAGGAACCACCUGCACCUGAUGGUAACAGCGCCAAGCGCCCACGCUCCUCUACCUCUCCUGUCUGGGUUGACUAUGAGAAACUAUUCAAGGAAAUCGAUGAGAAGAGAGUGCUUGGUCUAGUUCUUAAUGAUGUGUCCCACAAUGGACAAAAUAUUACUGACCGUGUAGCAUCUGUUCUUGCUGAUUAUGGUUUGUCUGAAAAGAUAUUUGCUGUUACUUUAGACAAUGCAUCGUAUAAUGCAUCAGCCAUGCAUAAACUGAAACCUAUUCUGUCUAAAUACCUUGGCCUUGAAGUAAUUGAUGAAUCAGAUCAAUUCUAUGUUCUUGCAUCAGCGUUGUGCAUGUCAUAUUCUGAUCUGAUUGUCAAGGAGGCACUAACUACUCUUAAGCCUUUGAUAGAAACAUUUAGAACUGCAAUAUCAUUCUUAAAUUCAUCUAAUCAGAGGAUUGCUGCAUAUAAAAGCUACUGCAUUGCAACUGGUGUUAGGCCUAGAAAGUUUCAACUAGACAUGGAGGUUAGGUGGAAUUCUAUCUACCUAAUGCUUAAACAUCUGUUUCCUCAUAAGUCCCCUUUCCCUACUUUCAUCCAAGCUCAGUAUCCUAGGGAUGAAGGUGAGUCUUUGCUGUUAACUGAGGACCAUUGGAUGAUGGCACAAAAAGUGCUAUCCUUUCUUGAGUUGUUUUAUGAUGCUACUGUCAUAUUGUCUGGUGUGUACUAUCCUACAUCUUCACUUAUGAUUCAUUAUCUUGUUAAGAUUUCUAUGCACCUAAAAAACUAUGCUAAUGAUGUGCACAUCAGAUCUGUGGUGCAACCUAUGAUAGACAAAUAUAAUAAGUAUUGGAGGGACAUACCUUUGCUUUACUCUUUUGCAUUCAUCUUGGACCCCAGAGCUAAAAUGAAAGGUUUUACUAGGGUGCUAAGAAGGCUAGGUAAUCUCACCAGUACUGAUUAUUCUGUUUAUUUGGUUGGCACUAGAGCUAGACUUGCUGAUGUUUACAAUAAAUAUGAUGAGAAAUAUGGUGCUGUUAGCUUGAGGAGGACUGACCCUAAUGUCAUGUCUGGUAAGUUAAGAUCUACUUGGGAUGAAAUAUAUGAUGAUAAUGGUCCUGUUUUGGGUGGUGGUAUCUUGCUUGGUAAUCCUAACAUGUCUAGAGAUACAUCUGCAACUUCUCUACUGAAUGCAGUAAGGUCAUCAGCUUCUAAUUCUUCUGAACUUGUGUCCUACUUGGACUGUGAUACUGUAAACCACCUAACUGAUGACUUUAACAUUUUGGACUGGUGGCAUCAACACAAACUUAUAUAUCCAGUACUGUCAAUCAUGGCUAAAGAUAUCUUAACUGUUCCUGUGUCUACCAUAUCUUCAGAAUCCACUUUCAGUAUGACUGGCAGGAUUAUCGAGGAGCGUCGAAGGAGUCUGAAGCCUGAAAUGGUGGAGAUGCUGACCUGCAUCAAAGACUGGGAGGCUGCAAAAGCAAGACUGCAACAGAAUGUGGAGGACAAGGAGCUUGAGGAAGCUUUUGAACAAUUUUAUCUUGAUUCAUGA